GGAAAAAGGAGGCGGGGAGGAGGACGGUGCGGUCGCAUGAGCGCUCGGUGAGGUCUUGGCUGUCCUAGCGCACCCUCAAGUCCGAGCAACCCAUCGGCUGCCCGCCGUUCGACGGGCUCACAAGAAGACAUGCAUCCAUCGCACAAACCGUAAGCGGGUCGGGCGCAACGGCGCCAGACGCUAUGGCAUCUUCCUGUGUUUGCAUGUGUGUGGACCUACAGGAAGCUGUAGCAGCGUAGCUAAGGUCUUUUGUGUGUGUUGAGCGAUGGACGGCCCGCCAGCCAAAGCCCCGCGCACAGCCGCUCCGGCCCAGAGUGACGACUCAUCCAACCGCACCGCCUCGAAGAGCCUGACGAGCCUUCUGGAUGGGCUCAUCUGGCUCAACGUGUCAUCGUAUCAGUCCGUCAAGGAGCGCCUGGCGAUGAGCUGUGUCUGCCGGGCCUUCUACUGGGCCAUCUACUCGCUGAUCCGCGUCAUCAACCGGCACCGCCACAACCACGGCCUCAGCUGCAAGGGACCUGGCGGCAGCCUGGUGACGUUCGAGCAGCAGCAGCACGCCAUCAUCCUGCUGCCCAGAAAGGAGGAGGUCGAGGAGAUCGGCCGGGCGCGGCUGUUUGCCUUCGUCUCGCUGCAGCUGGUCAGCCACACCGACACGCUCAAGGGCAUCCAGACGACACAAGCCAAGCAGCAGCGAGACGGGAAUGAUGAUGCCGAUGAAGAGGGGAGUGACCUGCCGGUGGCGCAGGUCAAGGGGCCCGAUGCGGUGUUUCCCUCGGUGACGUCACUUGAGGUGGACAGCCUCGACGGACUGCAUCUCUUCCAGCAGCAGAAGCUCGUCUGCCCGGCACUCGACCGGCUCACCGGCAAGGUCCUCUCUGAAGACGAAGUUGGUCGCCUCGAACUGCCGGCCGUGUUCGAUGGCAGUCUGGCGUUCAUCCUCGGCUCGUCCCCUUCCCUCACUCACCUGGACAUCUUCCCACUACUGUGCUGCAGCACGACCCUCACGCAGCCCCUCACGGCCGCUGCCCUCCCAUCGCUCAAGAACCUGCGCCACAUCGGCCACCUCAAGCUGCGGGGCACCGGCACACUGGCGACGAGCAACACUGAGACAACCAGGGUUGUGACAUUGCUGCGGCAGCUCGCGCCAGGCAGCGGCGGUAUCGCGGCGGGCUCGUCAAGCAGCGCAAGUGCGGCCCCCUCCCGCUCCCCCUCGUCCUCCCCGUUGGGAGCCGCCACGAAGCGCCACCUCAAGGUCCACUGCCCCCUUCGCAUCGUCCCUGACUUCACCGAUCCGCCUGCCUGGCCCUAUGACUCAGUGGAGACGAUUCAGGCGGCAGAGAAGAUGGGGUGGGAGGUGGUGAGAGAGGGAGGCAAGACAGCCAUCCAUUACUACGGAGAGAGGGUGGAGGGCCCGCCGACCGCCGAGACCCUCGAGCUCGUGGAUACCAUCAAACGGCAUGCGGGAGGGGGCGACAGCGUGUCAUUGGCCGAUUACGAUUUCCGGUCCGGUGAUCCCAUCAGCCCCCACUUCAGCGGCAUCCGGUUCGACAACGCUAGCACACUGCAUGUGCUCCUCCGCAUUCGCGGCCCUGACGUCGCUGCCGAGUCCUUCAACAGCAUCCCCCAGUGGCUGACCGAGGAGACCACGCUCAAAUCACUCUGGUGA